AUGCGGGCCUGCUCAAUUCUGCGCCGCAUCUCUCCCUCGGCCAGUUCCCUUUCUGUUCCUUGUCGUAUUAACUCCGCUGUUGCUUCCCCGGAAAGAGGCGCUCAGAUCGCCUCCCAAUACGCUCGUCAGGCCCGAAUAUUCCCACUCGUGCGACCCUACUCCACACGGUCGCAAUCUCAGCAUCAACCGAGGGAAGCAUCCUCUCUCUGGACUAUCACAUUCACCCUGCUGGCCGUUGGCGGAGGCGCCUGGCUCCACGAUAAGUACUUCACCUCGACGGAUAACCCGCCGCCAUCGCAUCCCUCCCCGACCACUCGACCGCAAACACACUCCUUCCUCGAAGUCAUCGAUACCCUCUCCACCAUGCCUAUCGAACCGGCUCCGGGUACCGUCGGGAACCUGACCCCGGAACAAGAAGUCAAGUUGCAGGAGUUCUGGGUGCUGACCCUGAAAGUUUUUGGCGUCCCCCUCGAUGUCCUCGAGGCUGAGCAUGCCAAUGGUAAAGCCAAUGCCGAUGCUGCGGCCUCCAGUUCCUCUCAGGAAAAGAAGAAGUCUUCCAGCAAGCGCAAGGGAUGGUCGCUCUGGGGCAAGGGCAACGAGGAGGACGACGACGACAAGAGCGUGUCGUCCGCGAGCGGUAUCACUUCGAGUCUGGCCUCGAUCAACAUCACCGACGGCGAUGAUAAGCACGGUCAGUCCAAGGAGUUCCAGCGGGCGCUCGUCGAGCUGCAGCCAGAGGAGAUCCGUACGGCCUUUUGGAACAUGGUGAAGCAGGAUAACCCGGAUUCCCUGUUGCUGCGGUUCCUGCGCGCGCGCAAGUGGGACGUCAAGAAGGCACUUAUCAUGAUGAUCUCGACGAUGCGCUGGCGUUUGCAGGAUGUCCACGUCGACGACGACAUUAUGAAAAACGGUGAGGCCCAGGCCCUUCAGCAGGCGUCCAGUGCGGACCCCGCGAAGAAGCAGAAGGGCGAGGAGUUCUUGAAACAAAUGCGCAUGGGCAAGAGUUUCCUGCACGGUGUUGACAAGUUCGGCCGGCCUAUCUGUGUUGUCCGGGUGCGGCUGCAUCGGGCUGGGGAUCAGGAGGUGGACACGCUGGAGCGGUUUACUGUCUACACUAUUGAGACUGCCCGGCUGCUGUUGGCGCCCCCAGUUGAGACUGCGACUAUCAUUUUCGAUAUGACCAACUUUCAGUUGGCGAACAUGGACUACACACCCGUUAAAUUCAUGAUCAAGUGCUUUGAAGCCAACUACCCCGAAUCUCUCGGAUCCGUCCUCAUUCACAAGGCACCCUGGAUCUUCUCGAGUAUCUGGAGUGUCAUCAAGGGCUGGCUCGACCCCGUCGUCGCCGCCAAGAUCCACUUUACCAAGAACCGCGAAGACCUCGAGGCCUUUAUUGCCCCAGGCCAAAUCAUGAAGGAACUCGAGGGUGACGAGAACUGGGAAUACGCAUACACCGAGAUCAAGGAGGGCGAAAACGCCAAGAUGGAAGAUACAGAGACCCGCGACAAGCUGGUCGCUGAGCGUCAGGUUUUGGCCAAGGAAAUCCAAGACGUCACCAUUGAGUGGAUUCGCGCCAGCUACAAGAAGGAGACUGAUGCUGUGAAUGCUGCCAAGGAGAAGCGUCACGGCUUGAUUGAAAAGCUGCGCGACCAAUACUGGGUUUUGGACCCGUAUAUUCGUGCCCGCUCGCUGUACGACCGAUUGAACAUUAUCAAGGGCGGUGGCAAGAUUGAGUUCUACCCCGAGGCUGAGAAGAAGACUAGCAGCGAUGCGGCCGCGGAGACAGCGGAGGCUGUUCAGUCUGCGUAA